CAAAACGUUCCUCUGUUGCACAUUGCAGGUGUUUGUCGGGCGUCCUGCUUUGUGGGGCCUGACCCACAGCGGCCAGGCUGGAGUAGAGAAGGUGCUUGGCAUCCUCAAGGAGGAGCUGGACCGAUCCAUGGCGCUGGCAGGGUGCAGCAAUUUGAAACAGAUCGUCAAGAACAUGGUCGUGCAUGAAUCGUUUUACCACAAACUAUGAGUAUUUAUCGCGGUCAUACGCGUAUACGUUGAUAUCGAUGUCAGGGGCACUACGCUCUUUUGAAUGAAGUUGUAAUAUAAUGACUGUUAGGAAGACCAUUCCCCCACACAAUGAAUAAAUACUUAUUUCUGCACUAGCCUAUCUUGAGAAAGGGCAUUUUCUCAAGAGAUUAUAAAACAUUCCCUCUCCGUGAAUUAAGCACACGGGUCGGAAGCCGCCUGAAUUCAAAAGUCUUGCGCUCUUAGGUCAGUGAGUCCACAAAUCUAAUAAAAAACAAACAAACAGAAGAUGGUUAGUCUCUUGUUCCGAAAGCCUUCUGAGCUUCAAAAUAUCUUUAUGUACAACAAAAAUUAUGCUUCAGACCAUACAAAAAUUGUAUACUUUGAAAUAGUACUCAAACCCAUACGACUUUUAUCUAGCGAGGUUGGUGCCAGUUCGUCUCCAUUUUUAAAGCCUGGCGCUCUACCUCGAAUCUUGAAACAUACAUUCUUGACCAAUUUACGGCAGCAAAUAUAUCUUGUACCCGUAUCUCCUUCAAAAUUGCGUUUGCAAGAGAACUAAAUUAUUAAGUGUGACAAGUACUUAAGCCUACCAGACAGGAUCGAUAAUUAUAUCUAAUGCGACACAGUGUCCGCCAUAUUGGAAAUCGGGGUGAAAAGUAAACUGUCUGCACCUGUCCCUGUUUAGAUUUUUCUCCAAAAAUGGAUGACGAAGGUGAAGGAUCACCAGAAUAUCCAUUGCACGAAUGUGUCUUUCUUGAUAACCCUAAAUUGCUUUGCACACUCGCAAGAAAAUUAGACGUCAAUGAACAGGAUAAACAUGGGAAUACUCCUAUGCAUUUAGCUUGUAUGCUUGGAAGGAAAGAGCUUGUGCAUCUAUUACUGUCACAUGGAUCAUCACCAACUGUACGAAAUUUGUCUGGAUGGAGUCCUCUUUCAGAAGCAAUUAGUUAUGGUGACCGGCUAACAAUCUCUUCAAUUUUACGCAAAGUAAAUAUAUUAAGUCAUAACCGCAGAGAUUCUUUUAUGCCAAAGCUUGCAAAAGUAUUAAAUGGCAUGGAUGACUUUUGCCUUGACUUUAAGUGGGAUUUUCAAAGCUGGGUUCCACUGGUGUCACGUAUACUGCCAUCUGAUGUGUGUCGCCUUCGGAAAAUGGGCUCAAAUAUUCGACUGGACACAACCCUUGUGGAUUUUGAUGAUAAGAGAUGGGUUCGAGGAGACCUGAGUAUAUUUUUCUUUGGAGAACAGCCAACAAGUCAUUCAUUAGCUAUUGUUGACAACCAAAUGGGAGUGUAUCAAUGGAUUCAGUAUACUGGGGAUUCUGAUAAAAACCAUGAAGAAGAAGUAGACUUUCUCAUGAGCACUGAUAUUGUUAAUGCUCAUAUAUCUACCAAACAUAUGCACUUCACCCGCUUGCAAAAGGGUUGGGUGUUUAGAGAAGACAAAACCGAACUCGUUGGAAAAUACAAUGCAGAUUUUUACACCAUACAUGGAGUCACCUUCAAAACGUCCAAACGUCGAGAACAUCUUUCUAAAGAAGACGUCCAGAAAAACAAAAUGGUUUAUGACUGGUUCAUGAGAGAUGGACCAGCACCUGAUGUGUAUGGAAUCCCACCACCUCACAGAAAAUCAUUAACUCCUCCUCCAAAGUCUAAUGUUACUUGGGCAGACUACAUUUCUUCAGAACCUGGAAAACAUCUACCUUUAGGGAGAUCAAUUAUUUGUAAAGACACAUCCAAGGCUUACAGAGCAACUGUGGCAAUGAGCCCAGACUUUCCCAUGUCUGUUGAAAUGUUACUGAAUGUUCUACAAGCUAUAGCUCCUCUUAAGCACUACAGCAGACUUAGAGAAAUAAUCGGAGUAAAACUACCCCCCGGGUUUCCUGUCCAAAUUGAUGUUCCUAUAAUUCCAACAAUAUCAGCAAAAGUUACAUUCCUGGACUUUCAGUUCACAAAUGAGUUGAGAGCACGAGACUUCACAAUACCUGUUGAUUAUUUAGAGGAUAGGGGAAGGUUUCCAGGGCUCUGACCACCUAGUCAGUUUGUUCUGAUCGAUGAGUGCCCUGCCUCAAUUACUAACAAAGGAAAUCUUGGGUGCUACUGCCCUCAUAACAUGUGCGCCCGGGGUCUUGAUGGUCUUGCUGUAAGUUUAUUGCUCGGUCCCAGUCUUGCCACACAUCGUGCACUGCAUUUGGAGAGUGAUAAGCAGCCAAAAACUUCCCUUGUGAAGGUCAUCCUGAAACAUAAUGGGAAUGGGACCCUCAACCAUUCCUGAGUUGUGUGCUGUGUUUGUUAAUUUCCAUCUGGACCAGAUUCCAUUUGAAUAACCUAGUCUGUUUUAUCUACAUCUCUGCCUGUGCAAACUAGUCUUGUUUUGUCUUAAUGCAAAUAUUUCUUGAGAGAUUGGAGAAAUUCGGUACAAAACCAUGGAUGUAAGGGUAGAAAAAUUAAUGGGAAUUAGUGUGAAAAAAGUGCUUUAGUAAUUGAUUUUUUUGUUUUCCAACCUCAGACUGUAAAACAGCAGAGGAUGGCUCUUCAGGUUUCAAGAGUGAACACAAAAAAACAAAUAAAAAUUGAUUCAUUAGCAAAUAAGCAGGUUUGCAUUUUGUAACCCAUCUAUACUGUACUAUAAAUUUCAGUUUCAUGUGAACCAGUAGGAUGUGUGAGUUUUAGAAUCCUGAAAAUUAGAUUACAUUUUUGCCAAUGUGUAUUAAAUCUAUCUUGCCAGAGUUAGUGAAUCAAAUCAAAGCUAUUUCUUCACAGCUAUUAAUAGUGAGAAUAAUUUCAUUAAGAUACGACUUGCUGCAACGACUAUGAAAUUUGUUAAGUUAGACUUAUGUUAUUUGCCUCUUUUCUUUUUAAGGGGUUAAGUUAUAGCAAUAUUUAUUUUGUUGUAUUCCUUCUGCAAGGUAUUAUUUAAGUAUCCUAGGAAUCAAUCCUGAGGUAUGAUAACUUACACAUAUGUUAUCUUAAUUUUGUAUGGUCCCCACUUUAUACAUAAGGAAUAAUAGUGUUUAGCUUUGGGCCCAAAUUCUCCAAAACAAUUGUUUUGCUUUAAUCUCUCCAGGGUUUUCCAGUUGUGAUCAUCAAAUUUGUCAUUAUUAAGUGCAGAUGUUGCUCAUUCCAGUUUGCCUCUCCCAUCCCUUUAUACAUUGCCAGGUUCCUACAUUAAUUUUUAUUUUUUGCUCUACUUGCAUGAAUACUAUUCAAAGAACAGUAAAGACAGAUUGUAAUGUGUAGAAGCUACUGUAUCUUACUCCUUUUUAGGUGUGCAUUUUAUUUGCAUUUUUACUGCUGUUAAAGUACUUUUUUUUUUUAAAUCAUCCUCAAGCGUUAUGACAUUUGGGUAUCUUUGUCACAUGUUGCUGCCAUUAUUGGUCGCAGAUUUUUCUGCAACCAUAAGACCUGUAGGUAUGCUUCACUUGACAAGCAAUAUUAGACAUGACUGAACCCCCAAUCUUAUCAUUAUUUCAAAUAUUGUAUUGUUAAGUGAGUAGGAAUCAUACUCGUGUUAGUGUAAAUUUUCAUUGUUUAGAGUGUACUUACCUGUUCAAUUUUUCACCAAAUCUCAAUUUUCUUUAAAUGUCCACUGUCUUUUACAGUGUGCACAAAUACAAUUCAUUGUUAGUAGUUAAAAGUUUACAUAUGAUUAUGAAGUAAGCUGUGUAUUGAGUAUUGAACGUAGUUAUAAAGCUGCUUGGCAUGUGUUCUUAGGGCUGGAAAUGAAAAACAAUUUGAGUUUCUUCCAUUUAGAAUUUAUUUGCUACUAUUUCUGAAUGGUUUUCCAGAAAGACACUGUGUGACAGCCCCAUUUGUUGCUGGGCUCUAUCAAAUUCUUUUAUAAUGCUUUUGCCAUUCAUUAUUCCCUUACCCACAUUUUUGUGAAGUCUUGAAUCCAAUGGAUUCUGGUUUUGUUGCUUGUUGUAUAAAAAGACUGUUUAACCCCUUUAUAGUUAUUUUGACACAAAGACUAGACAAUUCUUUGUUGCAAGGUUCCUGUUUUGAUUUUAAUUCUGUAGUAAGGCUGAAAAUGUAUUGCCUUGCUGUUGCUGUGUACUAGAAUUUUUAUUGUGAUUUAGAUGAAAGAAACAACUACGGUAUAUGUGUGUUAGUGGUGCUACUGAAAUUUGAUGUAUGAAGUAUGAAUCAAGAAAUGCUGUAUAUUGGGGCUAGUUACAUUGCUUGGUAUAGCCACGGGAUGAUUUCCUGUUUACAUGUACAGCUUAGUUACACGGUUGUUCCUACUGCAAACUUGAUUGCUGCUUUGUUGUGUGCUUGCACUAGUUGUGUGAAGCUUUUAAGAAUUUAAUGGUUUUAUUUAAUCAAAACACUUGUUGAAGACUAUUUUUCUGUUAUUGUAGUCAUUAUGUCCUUAAAAUUUAGGGACAGUGCCGCUGUACUGUAUAGCUUUGCUCUCAUGUUCUUUUGGUUAGCACAAUCAAACUCUGUGCAUCUCAUAAUACUAAAUGUUCUUAGUGUAACGUAUAGUUACCACAAGAGUGCAGGAGAUUUUCAACCUCUAUGAUAUGAUUCAGGUCAUUUUAUGGCCCUGCAGCACUCAAUAUGUUAUGUUGAAUAUCUUGUUCGAUUUUUGCUUGUGCAAUAGUGUGAUUUUGUCAUUGUUUGUUUUUGUUUUUGAAGGCUUUUAAUUUUGUAUCCUUCUGUGAUAAAGUCAUGAUUGGUAUUUUGAAGGGACUGUAGGAAGUUGAUUUACUUUUAAGUAUACUAUUUUAGCAUCUCAUUUUCACAAUGUCUGUUGUGCUCUUGUCGUUAUCAGACAUUAACAAUAAGAAAACCAGAAAAAAAAUUACAGUAAUUAAAGAUUUUUUGACAGUGCUAUAUGUGAUUGAGGGUUUUUAGGAUUGUGGUUUGUCAGUUAAUUACUCUGACUUAACUCAUAAUCCCAUAUGUUAUAUAUAUAUAUCUAUAUUUGAUAUUUGAAAUAUUUUCAUGUAAUCCAAUGUCAUAGGGGAAAAUUUUAAACUUUUUGUUGCAUGAAUCAGAAGAAGCAGGCAACCACUCUCUAGUGCAUUUAUUGAGUCCCUGUAAACAUGUGUUUAGUGAAUAGCGUCUUCUGAUCGUGACAGUCCCUCGUAAAUUUCUUGCUCAACCUCUCAUUUAAGUUAAAGAAAAAGUGUAUUUAUCCUCAUCCUUGGAAUGCUUGAAUGCUCACACGUUUACUUACACAUGUUCAUUAAAGUAUGAAAGAAGUCUGCUUAUGUCAGUCGCUUUGAUGUUGAUUUGACCUGUGUAGAAAAAAAAGUAAGUCAUCCAAAGAGAAGUUACUUCAGACUAAGUUUUUUGGGCAGAGUAAAUAUCUUCUGGUUCUAGUGAUUACUUUUAGUGCUGUCAGAAUAUUCUUUGUGCCCAUGUGUAAUGCGCCAUAUGAGGCUUCUAGUAACACUAAAAUCAUUUCAUUGAAAGCUGUUGCAUUUUCCUCUGUGAAGUUUCACUCUUUUGAAAGACGCUGUGGCUUCCAGAUAAUAGCUUAUGCUUUUUGUAGGUAUACCAACCUGCAAUAAUUCCUCUGGAAUAUCUGUGUUGCUACUACUUUUGAUUAUCUGAGCAUGUAACAGUUUUGGUUCUAUUACAAUAAUAUUUUUACUUGAAUCUUGACAUAUCAAGUCCAGGUAUGUUAAACUUUCUUUGCAAUUUUAACACAUUGAAAGUUUAUUGACAUUUCCUAUUUAAGGAAGGACUGACAGAUUCCAAUUUAACCAUUGCACAUCGUUUUCAUCCCAAAUAGCCAUUUUGUCACUAAUUCUGUUCAUGUUCAUCAAUUUCUUUCUUCCCCAAAUCAGGUUUAAAUGUUCACCCCUGUAGGACUUAAACAUUUUCCCUUUGUCAUACAUGGAAUGACUACAAAUGUAAGAGUUGUACUGUUUAAAUUUAUUAAGUAUUUAAAGAACCCAAACCAAAGUUUAUGUUUUCACCUAUUUUGUUGAUUAUUUUGUAUACAUAAUAAUGAUAGCUCUCAUGUUUCAACAUGUUCGAGAGAUAUAAAUGUAGUUUGAGAAUACAUUUUUGAACCACA